UCUUGGGUGGGAAGGCUGUGAGUUGCAGGUUGGGGCCGCGGUUGAUUGGGUUUAUUUUCUGGGUGGGUUGAGUGGGCUGUUGUGGGAGACACGGAGAAGAUGCCGCUGGGUUUGAAGCCGUCCUGCAGCGUGUGCAAGGCCAAUUCCUCGGCCAUGUGGAGGAAGAGCAGUCAGGGUGAGAUCGUCUGUAAUAACUGCGCUGGCAAGAGCCCCGGAGCCGGCUGUGUUUCAGGCCUGACCGCGGGGCCCGGCUCAGCACCGGCUGCUCAGCAGAGCAACGGCGGAGGAGGAGGCGGAGGUGGCAAACAGGCAAAGCAAGAAAUUCAUAGGCGGUCUGCAAGGUUACGGAACACAAAAUAUAGGUCCAUGCCUCCUGCUGAAAAGAAGGUUUCAACUAAAGGAAAGGGACGCAGACAUAUAUUCAAAUUAAAAAAUCCAAUUAAAGCACCAAAAUCUGUGUCUACGAUAAUCACAAGUGAAUCUAUUUUCUAUGGGGGUAUAUACUACCAAAUUGGAGAUAUAGUCUCUGUUGCGGAUGAAGAUGAUGAAAAGGUUUACUAUGCUCAGAUCAGAGGAUUUGUGCAAGAUCAAUACUGUGAAAAGAGUGCAGUGAUUACGUGGCUUAUCCCAACUCAGGCAAGCUCCAAAGAUCAGUUUGAUGCAGCAACUUAUAUACUUGGGCCAGAGGAGGACCUGCCAAGAAAAAUGGAGCAUUUUGAAUUUAUUUGCCAUGCACCUUCAGAAUACUUCAAAUCAAGAUCGACUCCUUUUCCAGUUAUUCCAACCAAACCUGAGAAAGGGUAUAUCUGGACCCGUGUUGGACCAACCCCUGCAAUAACGGUGAAGGAAUCAAUAGGAAACAGUUUAUAGCCAAGGUGUUAAAGCUUUCUUAAAAUAAGUUUGCAUUUGUGCAAUAUAGCUGAAUCUUAGCCUGAUUAAAAGGCUCACUGUUUUAACAUGUUUUCAGUGUUCAUGCAAUUUUAAACAUUCAAAACUAUAUUAGCAUGAGGUUUAUGAACUCCAACAAUUCAGUUUAAAGUCUUGACAUACUUGAAUUAAUAUGGCAAGAUCUAUUUUUGACGUGUCUGUAAAUUUUGCAAAGCUUUGGUUACCUUUAUCAAUUUAAGUACAGUAUUUGUAUGUUACGAAGUAUUUUGUAUGGAACUGCUCAUUGUGCCACAUUUAGAUUCACGUUCG